AUGAAGAUAACGUCUCACACUGUCGGAAGCUGGUUUCCAACAGGCUAUUAUGGCCAUCAUCGCAUGAGAAAUCGUCCAGAUUUCAUCAACGAGUAUAGGCACCUGGCAAAACCUCAACCGCCUGACGCCUUCCUUCACCGAUCUUCACAACCAACAAGCUCCCAUGUGUUUUCUUACCAUGAUAACAGGAACCUGUUUCCUAAUGAUGUGUCUAUCUUUGGCCAGGGACAAGGUAGGAAAAAGCAUCCUGAGCGAUCGGAAUGUUUCCGUUCGGGAACGAUGUGGUCCUCCCAUGUAUCCCACUCAAAUAGUGGACGUCCUCUGACAUCUUCUUACAAGCAAGAUUUCAGGAUGGAAGAGCCAAAUAUCCAGAUGCUUGUCAAGCGACCCUUGACAUCGUUUGACGGUCCACCUGCCACCACAAUGUAUCGUACAGUCCAUGGGACUGACUCACCAAACUGUCACUUUAUAAAUGCCAUGAGCAACGAAUCUUUGAUGCUCUCUCUGCAGAGCCGGCAGCAUCAAGCAAUCAAAA